UCGUCCAUCGCAGUUUGUAUCCAUCCUCCAAAGUGAAACGACGUAUACCCCCUUGGAUGGGUUGUGUGGCCUCGUGAAACAGUGGUUGUGAGCGUCGUUGAGGUCGAGUUAAACGAAGUUAAAUCACAGACGUGUAUGUUACACGAUUCCGAAGAGCGGGAUAUUCUACUAUUCAUCGCAACAUUCCCAAUUGACAGCAUUUUCGAGCCUCUCUCGUAGUGAUACAUACUCCCUCGUAUCGCCUGAAAUGCUCCCCCCGAAUUGAUCCCCAGGUGUGCAAUCCUCGUAUCUUCAGAGUACACGAGUCAAUAAAAUGACAUCAUUUAAUCGGUCUCACUGUCGCCCAGACGACGAGAUACCCACGUCCCCAGUAUAAUCACACAACCUCAAACUUCAAGUCAAAAUUAAAAUCGAUUCCCUGACUUUCAAUAGUAUUUCAAACAACGUAAAUUAAUCCAUUAUCCAAUUGAUGAAGAAUAAAAGAUAAAUAGACUGGAGAGUUGAUUUGGCUCAUGCAUAACCUAUAUUUCAUACAUUUGGAGAAUAUUUUUUCUUGUAACGAGGAGAAAAAAAAAUCGAGAUUGUGUUAAUUAACCGUACAAAUUGACAGUGGUUACGAAGGAACUGGCGUUAUCCAAGAAAGUUUAUCGUUUGCAUUUGGCAGUUUUGUGACUGUGCACCUGGCUUAUUUAUUCUCAUUGAUAAAUAUACUUAGAACUGAGGAUUAUUCUAUUGAUGAUUGCUGGAGGAUGGAGAAGAGAGAGGAGCAGGUAGUCAAUGACGUCGAUAUUGACGAGCAGGGUGAACUGAAGAAGAAUGAUGAUGACGAGGGUGAUGGCACUGACGAGCAUUAUGGAUGUACGCAUUACAAGAGAAAAUCAAAAUUUGUGACACCUUGCUGUAACAAAGUAUACACGUGCAGAUUCUGUCAUGAUGAACAAGAGACACACACUGUGAAUCGUAAAGAGGUUACUGAGUUAAUUUGUGUACUCUGUGACACACGUCAGCCUGUCCAAGCCACUUGUCAAAAUUGCCAUUGUCGAUUUGGCAAAUACACUUGCCUAGAGUGUAAUUUAUUCGACGAUGAGGAUAAGAAUCAGUAUCACUGUGAUGGAUGUGGAAUUUGUAGGGUCGGGGGUAAGGACAGAUUUUUCCACUGCGCUAAGUGCAAUAUGUGCCUGCCGGUUCAGCUACAAAAUGGUCACAAGUGCGUGGAAAAUGUGUCCCAUGCCAAUUGCCCUGUGUGUCUAGAGGACAUUCACACGAGUCGUAUACCUUGUCACAUUCCCGACUGUGGGCAUUUGCUCCAUCGUAUCUGUUUCGAGGAUCUACUACAUUCCGGGCAUUAUGCCUGCCCUACCUGUCAAGUAUCAUUACUCGAUAUGACUGAUUUAUGGAGAUUUCUGGAUGAUGAAGUAACACACACACCAAUGCCACCGGAGUACAAAGAUUAUAAAGCUGAUAUUUUGUGCAAAGAUUGCCAUGAGGAAUCUACAGUUAAAUUUCAUGUGGUUGGUCUCAAGUGUCUCAACUGCGGUAGUUACAAUACCUGUAGAAUCAAAGGCUCUCCGUGCCCUGAUCCAGAUGCACCAGACGGAGCAGCUGGUGGCAGUGGAGUUGGUGACCAAGAGCAAUCCCAAGAGCAUGGAUCUCAGUAAUUUACGUAAUAUUUUGAUCCCCUUUGCAAUUCUUACGAUAAUUACGGAGAGCUUGGUACCGAAUGUAAAAAUCAAUGAGAUACAAAUGAAGAGAAAUAUGGAGAAAGGAACUCGUUAUCAGGGAUCGACUUUUAGCAAAUUUUUUAAUUCAU